ACCAUGCCCCAGAGUGUCCCGGGCGACUCUUGACUUUAUCACAGAUUUUUAACUGUCUUGGAGUUUCACAUAAAAGAAACUGCAGUAUAUCCUUAUGUCCUCCCCACCCCCCGGAACGUGUGUAGGUGUGUGCAUGCACACAUGUAGUAGCCAGAAAUUGACAUCAGGCUCUUUCCUCAGUCACUUCUUACUGUUGAGACAGGCUCGCCCACUUUCUUUGAACCUGGAACUUGCCAAUUCAGCAAAACUGUUUGGCCAGCAAACCUCAGGGAUGCUCUUGUCUCUACCUCCCUAGCACCGGGAUUACAGGCAUGUACCACCGCUUCUGGCUCUUAUUCGGGCGCUGGGGAUCUAAACUAGGUCCUCGUGCUUGCAUGGCAAGCACUUACCCAUGAAACCACCUUCCCUAGUCCAAUUUCUUUUUUUUUUUUUUACUCUGCGUGUUACAAAUAUCCAUCCUUUGUUCUUUUUCCUGAGGUCUAUAUGACUUCCUUUCAAUUGUUUUACGUUUUGAAAUACAUACAGAUUGUUAGUGAAGUCUCCUGUAUUCUUCGUCCAGUCUCCUCCUGCAGUUCCUCUUGUGUAGUUAUCAAUCUGGGAGGUGGUGCAGCCUCCAGAGGCCAUCCCUAAGGCAGUUCUUCCCUGAGGCAGCUUUGCUUGGUGUACGACGAGCUUUUUCUGCUCUGACUGUGGGGAUUCCCCUGCUCCUGAACAAGUCCUAAGGACUGUUCUGCCUUCUGUGGUUUCAUUCCUCUCGUCUCAGGAGGCAUUUCCAUCCUUCGUGUCCUGAGGGAUGGAAGGGACUUCCCCUCAGAUCUCCUUCCUCAGACCUCCGUUGUGCAGCUCGCUCCUCUCCAGUGCUCUUCCCUGGACGACUGGCUGCCUUGGUUUUCCUAAGCUCUCAUUCUGCCCCUGAGCUUGCGCUCUGGGGCUGGAGGCAACAGGAGCAGCGCCUGGGCUCAGCUUGGCUGCGUCCCCUCUCCGAGAGACCUUGGUUUCUGAUUCCUGCUUUCAGUAUCCUGAAACUGUUUGUCAUAUAUUUUGGCUGGUCUUCUAAUUCCCUAAGCCUUUCCUUCCUGAGUGCUGGGAUUACAGGCGUGUACAUCCGAUGCCAAGCUUAUGGUGCUUGGGAUAGAACUUCGAGCUUCGUGCACGCUAGGCAAGUUCUCUACCAACAAAGCCACAACCCCAGCCCCUGAAAUCCCUUGAUCAUAGAGUACCAAGUAUGUAAUCUUAUAAAACUCUGGCAAACAAUUUUCCAACCACAACACGGCCAACAUGCGAUGUUGCCAGUCUGCCUCUGUUAGUCACUUUAAUGACUGUGUAUGUGUGUGUGUGUGUGUGUGGAUCUCAUUGUGGGUUUAUUUUAUGCUAUGUUUUAUCCUGGGGUUAACAGGAAGGAAGGGGACAUGCAUGGGUUUAAAUUCUGAAAACAACCAUCUGCCCUGUCUGCUUAUUAAAAACCCACAAAUGGAGCUUGUUUUGAGCAGAGCCCUGUCGAAAGUGACUCAUGUUUUGUGUGCAAUAUGGACAUUUUUAUAUCUAUUUUCAGGAGUUCAACUCUGUUUCCCAUUGACCUGUCUUCUUACCGGACUGUAGGGCUUCUUGCGUUCUGCAUCUGAAGCUCCUGUGAAAGAUGGUGCAGCAAGCACUUUGAAACACUCUUCUCCUCUGGGUGCUGUGGACCAGGGGUGGUGGUGAGCACAGAAACGGGGCGCUGAGGUCACUGAAUGAUGGACAUGUCUUAGACACACCCUGGAAUCAUCACACUACUUAAGAUGGUUUUGAGGGGUUUAGUGGCUGCAUGUCCCUCUGCUCCUGAAUAUUCUUCAAUCUACUUUUAAAAGAAAAUGAAACCUGAGUCACCUGUGUGCUUGACUUAACUGCAGGAUGUCUCAGGGACCUAGGACGUGCUCCCUUCUCCUGGUCCUCCUUCUGAGCCAUGGAGGUGCCUAUCAGAGAGAGCCAAGCCCCAGGCAGGAUUUACAUCCAUUGUUGCAGAAAAUGGCGGAAGAAAUAAUAGAGGGAAGCUAUCUGAAUGCGUUACUGGAUCUCACACUAUUUGAAAGGUCCCAUGUCUGGACUGCAGACCUGUCCCACAGAGUCCUUGCCUAUCUGAACUCAAAGAAUGUGGCCUUCACCAUUCCCAGCCUGCAGGCAGUCAUGGAAGCACACCUGGAACAGUAUCUGUACCAGCCACAGAAGCUGCUGGAGGACCUGAGGGCUACUGAUAACCAGCAGUUCCACACCGCCAUGAAAUGCCUUCUGGAAGACAAAUGGGGCCACCUGGAUCUGGAGGACGUCGUCAUCAACUUGGGAGACAUUCGGGACGAGGCCCUUCAGAGCCCUGGUGUGAACCGCAGCCUCUUUCUCAUCACGUUGGAACGCUGUUUCCAGGUGCUGAAUGCCUUGGAGUGUGUGGAGGUCCUGGGCAGGGUGCUCAGAGGGUCCUCCGGCAGCUUCCUGCAGCCAGACAUUACAGAAAGGCUACCCCAGGACCUGCACGAGGAUGCCUUUAAGAACCUGUCCGCAGUGUUCAAAGACCUCUAUGACCAGACUUCAGCUCACACCCAGAGAGCUCUCUACUCAUGGAUGACAGGGAUCCUGAGGACACCCUUCAACGUCACUGAUGGCUCAGUUUCAUGGGUCAGUGCAGAAAAGUUAUGGAUUUUGGGCAGAUACAUGGUUCACCUAUCGUUUGAAGAAAUUAUGAACAUUAGCCCUAUAGAAAUUGGGUUGUUUAUCAGCUAUGACAACGCCACCAAGCAGUUGGACAUGGUGUAUGACAUCACCCCUGAACUGGCCCAGGCAUUUCUGGAGAGGAUCCGCUGUUCCAGCUUUGACGUGAGGAACAUCUCUACCAUCCACAGGUUGGGGCUGUUGGUUUGUUUCUAUGAUGGUUUGGAGCUGCUGGAUGCCACCCUGGCCCAAGUCCUUCUCCACCAGAUGCUCAAGUGCAGCCGCCUCCGGGGCUUCCAGGCUGGCGUCCAGAAGCUCAAGGCCAACCUCUUGGACAUUGCUACAGAGAACCAGACCCUCAACGAGACCCUAGGCUCUCUGUCAGAUGCAGUUGUAGGUCUGACCAGCAGUCAGCUGGAAUCCCUCUCCUCCGAUGCAGUGCACAGCGCCAUCUCUACCCUCAACCAGGUUACAGGCUGGGGCAGAAGCCAGAUUGUCAUCUUGUCUGCCAAAUAUUUGGCUCAGGAAAAGGUGCUGUCCUUCUACAACGUCUGCCAGAUGGGCGUGCUGCUGGCAGGGGUGGGUACGCAAGCCUUCUACAGCAUGGACCACAAGGAUCUCUGGCAGGUGCUGAGAAGCCCUCUUUCCCAGGAUAUGUCUGAUUUGUCACCUGUCCAGCAGCAAGGUGUCCUCGGCAAGCUGAUGGAAGCAGAAGAUGCUACUUCAGGCAUCGCGGAGGUACCAAGAGCUCUCUUUAAGGAGGUGUCUCUCUAUGAUUUAUGGAAAGAAUCUCGAUUCAAUGCUACAGUCCUGAAGGCAAAGGAGCUUCGUAGGAGCCAGGCCCUGUUCCUGUAUGAGUUUCUGGGAAAGACCACAGAAAGGCCAGAGGAGCUCCUGAGUGCCGGGCAGCUGGUGAAGGGCGUGCCGUGCUCGCACAUCGAUGCCAUGAGUGACCACCUCUUCCUGGCCCUCUUCCAGUAUUUUGACAACAACUUCUCCCUGCUUUCUCCAGAUCAGGUCAAUUGCUUGGCGUGGAAAUACUGGGAAGUUUCAAGGUCCUCCAUGCCACCAUUCCUCUUGGCCACCCUCCCCUCACGGUUCCUGUCUUCAAUUCCCCCCUCUCGCUGUGUGCGGUUUCUGAUCAGCCUGGGUAAGAGGCGCUUGGAGACUUUGGUUUUAGAUUCUGACAAAAGGAGUGUGGUCGUCAGGAAGGUGCAGCAGUGCUUGGAUGGUGUCAUUGCUGAUGAAUACACUGUGGACAUUGUGGGACACCUCCUGUGCCACUUGCCAGCCUCCUUCAUUGAGAGAGGGAUCUCCCCCAGAGCCUGGGCCGCUGCUCUGCAUGGUCUUAGAAGCUGUACAGCUCUCAGCUCUGAGCAGAAGGCUGCGGUGAGGGUCAGGCUCCUGGAGCAGUGGGGACCUCCUGAGAACUGGACAGCAGAGACAACCAAGGACUUGGCUCCUUUCUUAGCGUUUUUCUCAGGAGAUGAACUGCACACUGUUGCCACAAAGUUUCCUGAAAUCCUUCAGCAAACAGCUUCCAAGAUGGUUGGGGUGUUGCUUCCUAAAGAAUUUCUCUGGGCUGUCUUUGAGUCUGUUCAGAAUAGCAGUAACGAGAGCCCCAGCUUUGACCCCACCUUUGGUUGUCAUGGAGUUGUGACUCCCUCUUCAGAUGAUAUCUUCAAGUUGGCCGAAGCCAAUGCCUGCUGGGACCCCGAGGUUCUUCUCUGCAUGGAGGAGGACACUUUCAUCAGGAACGUGGAGCUGCUGGGGGCUGUGAAGGGUUUCAGCCGGGCUCAGCUGAUGGCCCUGAAGGAGAAGGCAAUUCAGGUUUGGGACUUGCCCUCCCGCUGGAAAGAACACCAUAUUGUCUCCCUGGGGCGCAUUGCUUUGGCUCUCAGCGAGAGUGAGUUGGAGCAGCUGGACCUUAGCUCCAUAGACACCGUGGCAUCCCUGGGCCAGCAGACAGAAUGGACACCAGGACAGGCUAAAUCCAUUCUGCAGGCAUUUCUUGAAGAUUCAGGCUAUGGGAUACAGGAUCUGAAGAGCUUCCAUUUGGUUGGGUUUGGUCCUACUCUAUGUGCUAUGGACCCCACUGAAAUACAACUUAUAAAGACCUCAGAAUUCAGGGCAGUGGUAGCCAGAAUUGGGACACUGUUCUGCAGUACCCCCGUCUUAGCUGGAUUUAAGAAGAAAGCAGAAGUUGUAUUUGGGAGACCCACUGAGUGGACCAGCUCCAUCUUGCAGGAGCUUGGGACCAUUGCAGCUGGGAUAACGAAGGCAGAGCUCCGAAUGCUCAACAAAGAACUGAUGACGUAUUUCCAGCCGUCAGCCAUAAGAUGCCUGCCUGGUGAGGUAUUCAAAGAGCUGUCCACGGAGCAGAUCGCUUCCCUGGGUCCUCAGAAUGCAGCCUCUGUAACCCACUCCCAGCGCCUGCAGCUCAGCUCGGCACAGCUGCAGAGCCUCCAGAGGGCACUAGAUGGCGCCAAGACUCACUCCUGGCAGACCGAUCCUCUGAGUUCCAGCCCUACCUGGCCAGCCUCCACUGGGUCCCCAACAGGAGAGCCUGCCUCCCAGGCGCUUUGGCUUGGCUGUACCCUGCUGCUUCUGACGGCCAAGUCCUGAUGCCGAGUGGCCUGUUGAGUGUUGCAAGAAGCUGGUGAAGGUGUGCAGAGUCAGAAGCUGCUUUCAGACGGGGGAGACCUUUACCUGAGGAGCCUUAUCGAGGGCAGGGAGAUCACGGGGCCUUGGAAAAAAUAAUUAUUAAAAACCAUCUUGCAUUCUUAA